AUGUCAAGUUAUUGCAAAGGUAAAAGUUCUUGGGAGGAAUUGGUUGGCAUGGAUGGAAAAACAGCAACACAAAUCAUCAUGAAGGAAAACCCAAGAGUGAAGGCUUUUACAGUGCCAGAAGGAUCACUUGUGACCACUGAUUUUAGGUGUGACAGGGUUCGAGUAUUUGUUAACUAUAAGGACACUGUGAGUCGUGUGCCCAAAAUUGGUUAA